AUGAAGGUCCGAGAGACGGGCCGGGAUGGGCUGGUCCCGGGGGCGGGGCCGGUGCCCAGCGCCCCGGCCGCUCACCAAGCCAGGCCCGGUCGGGGCGUGGCCCCGGGUCCCAGACCCAAGGGCUUCGCCAUCACCGACCUGCUGGGGCUAGAGGCGGAGCUGCGGCCCCCGGGGCUCGGCUUCCUCUGCGGGUGGGCGGGCCGCAGGCCGGAGGCCAGGGACGGCCGGGGCCCGCUCCUCGCCGCCCCUCCGUCCCCUCCGGCCUCCCCGCCGCUCCCUCCCCGCCCGCCCCCCGGCUCCGAGAGGCUCCGGACGGCCCGAUCCGAUGAGGACAGCGACAGCCUCUCUGAGGACAAGAGUAGCCCAAAGAUCCCUCCGGUUCAGGUCAAGACAAAGAAGCGGCGUCACAGAACAGUGUUCACAGCUCACCAGCUGGAAGAGUUGGAAAAGGCAUUCCAUGAAGCUCAUUACCCUGACGUUUUUGCCAGGGAAAUGCUGGCAGGGAAAACCGAGGUCCCAGAAGACCGGAUCCAGGUCUGGUUUCAGAACCGAAGAGCUAAAUGGAGGAAGCGGGAGAAGUGCUGGGGCCGGAGCAGUGUCAUGGCUGAGUAUGGGCUGUAUGGGGCCAUGGUGCGCCACGCCAUCCCUCUCCCUGAAUCAAUCAUGAACUCAGCCAAGACAGGCCUUGGGGGAUCCUGCACUCCAUGGCUUCUGGACCUGCACCGGAGGUCGACGGGCAGCCCCCACAGCCUGGUUUUGGGGAUCCCCAAGGAAGGAGAGGCUAGGCAGGGGCCAGCAGGACAGGUAGUACACCACAGCAGCACCGGGCCAAGGGGCAGCGCUGAGGAGGCAGCAGCGAUGGAUCUUUCCAGCUCAGCGAAACUGGAGAAGCAGAAGCACUUUGAGCCGACAACCCAGUGGAGGCGAAGGAUUUCUGAGAGAUGCCCUGGUGAGGGUUACUGAAGAGGCCCAGAACCAGAUCAGCAUGGAGGGACAGAGAUCACAUCUGCCAUUUCUCUUGAAUAAACCCUUGAAUAAAAGGAGCAGCUAGGACUUGCUUUGAUCCAGGACAGAUAACAGACCAGUAAGCCAUUCUAUUUCAGUUGGCAGGCUGCUCAUUUUUCAAAUGAUAAAAAUGAUGGCCUAUGUUUCGUUCUAAAUUGGAAAGAGUUAAUGAAGAAAUUUCAGCUAGUUAAAGAGUCAUCUUUGUGAUUCGGGUUUAGUUGGGUAAGAGGCAGGGAGAAGGGAGGAGGAAGAGAGAGAGAGAGAUAGAGAGAAUGAGAGAAUGAACCAACAAAGUUGCAGAGUUUUGGCUGCCUCCACUACUGAUUCCUGAUUCUGUCUAAUUUUCAGAAAAUCAAUGGAAUAGGUUAAAUCUGCCCCUUUGCAGAGUCCCUGUCUGGACUGGUGAGGAAGUCGGCUCUCUCAGAAACAGGACAGCAGUUAGAGAUCCUUCUCAAAGGAUUCCAUGCUUCAUUUCUUCUGAAUCUGAAUUUAGAAACAUGUUUGUCUUGGAAUCCUGCUGUAGUGCUUGAAGGGGUAGGCCACACAACAAGGAAUACAACUCAAAACAUGUACCAAAAACAAGCUACACUCACCACUCCUUGCUCAACUAGGGUAUUUUGUGAAACGACACAAGAAAAUAUUUUGAAGACAUGUCUUAAAACUGUAUUAUGAGGAGGGCCUUAGGUCUUGGUCUUUUUCUAUUGGCUUGAAGAGCACUUUAGAUAUUUGCAUUUUCUGAAUGUUUCCUUUCCUCUGUUUUGUUUUCCACUUAUUUAUUAUUCAUUCAUAAAUAAACACU